UUCUGCAGUGCACCACCACUAACUGGAUAAAAAAUGGCCAGAUUAUCUUCUUUUUAUAUAGGGAGAUCUUAGAAUCCUGGCAUGGACGUUAAAGCAACAUGUACGGUGAAUAUUGUGCUGAAUUCAGAGGUCCUGUGGGUGACACAAGGUUAUUAUUAAUACGCUUCAGAGUUAUUAUUUGUGGAUUCUGCUCUCAAGAAUACUGCAUAAAGCACUAAGAAUGAUCAAACAAAGAUAAAAUCCUCAAUAAUGUUUCAGGAAAAAUACUUAUCUUCCGCAUCUCUGCAUGUAACUUCUAUAUUGAAUGAAAAUUAAAGCAUUUUUUGUAAAUAUAUUUUACAUUCUUGUAAAGCUUUUUAUAUGAAAAGUUAAACUGAAGAACUGUUAAAGGAAUACAUAAAAACAACAUUUUGCAUAAGUUUACUGGUUUGCUAUGGCUCACAACAAAGGGAUACAUUCCUUGCAGUGAUGAAGACCAGUGAGAUGGCCUGUAGCAAACUAUGAAAAAACUGAAGUGAAGCCAAUGGAAAAUUAGACUUAAAACACUCAUGGAUAUAUAGCAUCUCUAUCCAGUAUGGAACUAAGCAGGAAAAACAGGUCACUCCUCUCUGUGGUAUUGAACCUAUUGGCUUUGAGUUUCUCUGUGGCAGCUUUCUUUACAAGUUACUGGUGUGAAGGAACCCACAAAGUGGUCAAACCUCCCUGCCUGUCAGCAGUAAAAAGUAAAAACUGCCAAAUGCUAAGUUUAAACAGCACCACCACAAACAGCGACUUGACUGACAUCAAUGGAACAUUGGACCAGAAUGUAGUUCACUAUAACUGGGAGACGGGGGAUGACAAAUAUGCGUUUAAGUACUUUCACACUGGCUUUUGGUUCUCCUGUGAAAAACACCAAGGGGAAGAAGCAUGCCGAAGCUUUAUUGAAUUGUCUCCGGAUUCUGAAAAAGGUGUCCUAUGGUUGUCAGUUAUAUCAGAGUUUUUAUACAUUAUAUUGCUCAGUCUCGGUUUUCUGCUUAUGUGCUUGGAAUUAUUCACUUCCAGUAACUUCAUAGAUGGUUUGAAAAUCAAUGCAUUUGCUGCUAUCAUCACAGUGUUGUCAGGACUUCUUGGCAUGGUAGCCCAUAUGAUGUACAUGACCGUUUUUCAGGUGACUGUAAAUCUUGGACCAAAAGACUGGAGACCACAGACAUGGUAUUAUGGUUGGUCUUUUGGCUUGGCAUGGCUUUCCUUUACAUUAUGCAUGUCAGCCUCUGUUCUCACACUCAACACUUACACUAAAACGAUUUUGGAAUUUAAGUACCGGAGAAGGAUAUUUGAAAAGAAUGUACGAGAAUGCAACCCUUUCCUGGACUCUGAAAUGGUGCGUUUCCUGUGGGAGAAAUACAUUUUCUCUGUUAGUGGCUCACUUGAAGACCCAUUGAACUGGCACAAAGGACUUGGCAGCCCAAUCUUUGUGGAUAUUGGCAGCAUUACUGAUCUACCAGGUGCAGUGAAGGAGGAGGAAAGAAGCAUAGACGUGGAGAAUGAUGGAGAACAAUGCUGAAAAUGCUAGAUAAAGUACAUCAAACACAGGCAUAGUCAAAUAUAACCUAUUAUGCUUUUCUGCCUCAGUUAAUUACAUAGUUGUAUUGUGAUACUGAAAAAUAGUAAUAAUGUUGUUCAACACAAAAUGCACUAAAAUGAGGCAUGUACUAGAAAUGUCUCCAUACCAGUAAUCUUUCAGGAUGGAUAUAUUUUAUUGCAAGCUGGGAGAAAAACAAUAGAGAUCUCAUCAAUACCAGAUAUAGCAUAGGAAUGGUCAUGUUGUAAAAUAUAAAUAAAAACGUACCUUUGCAUUUCAAAAUAGUUUUGUGUGUCUAUAUGUAUUUGGAGCACACUGGCCAACAGUGGUUCCUAUUGAUCUUUCUUUUGGUCAUGUAGUUGCCAAUCCUGAUUUUCUUUCUCUAUUGUCAAAAGUGAUAUCUCUAUCUACUUCAGAGUUGCAUCUUAUCAUAAAAAAAUCAGUUCAAGUUCAUUACCAGCAUUGCAAUAUAUUAUCAA